AUGUUGUCCACGGCAAAGAAAUUCAAUGUGAGCUUCGCGGCGGUAAAGCUAAGCGCGAACAUGAAGCAAUCCCUACCAAUCUGGUAUCACCUGGGCGCAUUGAAACGUCUUCGGCUGCUGAACAAUUCCAAAGUCAGCGACUGCCUUCGCGACAAGCACGACGUUUUCCGAGUAGCAGACCUACUGAAACUGACCCAUCGGGCCUGCUUUAAAGCGGCAAGAGCGGCUUCAAAUGACUUCGUACCUGAGGACUGCGAAUGCCAGGACUGUAUCUCGGACUCCAAUCGUGGAUGUAAACAUCCACAGAAAUGCUGCCAAGCCGCCGCGCUCCUCCUACUACAAGUACGCCCAAAGUGGCACCCAGACCAAUCAUCGCCUGGAGACGGACUCACCUUAACGCGCCGUCGCAGGGGUCGGAACGAGGAAGCCCUCGAAUCCGGAGGCGAGAUCAUUUUCGACCCCUCCCUCACGAGCAGAGGCCCAGUCGCGGAUGCCUUCCGAGUUUUU